CAACAACAUGGUCAAUACGUGGGUCUUAGGCCUAAUCGGGAAGUCGUGUGACAUUUUGCGGACAAUCGCGAUAGGCUUUUAUCGCGUAGGCUACGCUACGAAAUGACUGGAUAAGAUCACAUCGAUUCAGCAGUAAAUGAUGAGUGAUUCAUCUUCUUUUGAUUCAGACUCAGAAACAGAGGAAUCUAUAGUCUCUCAAGCAACAUCCAGAAAGCAUCAAUUUUUGGAGGAUGUAGAUGAUGUAAGCCUUCCGAUUGUCAGCCCUCAAGAAGACACAUACACUAAGCCCAAGCAUCAGGCUUUCAAUAAGGCACACCCAAGCCCUAUAAGACCAUCAUCUAUAAAUCAUACAGAUGUUGAAAAUGGAGGACCUUAUCAACAGAAGAACUCACAUAUUAAAUAUGAGGGAAACAGGAAAUUCAAUAGGCCAUUAAAUGUCUCACACAACUAUCAAAGUAAAGAGAGAAAUUCAGAAAACGGCUAUGAAUUUCAACCACAACAAUCUCGACGUGAAAUUCAGCACUCUGCAAGCUCAAGGAGAGAAAAUGAGACUAGAAAAAUUGGGUAUCCUACCCUAUCCAAUUUUCGAAUGAAAGAAAGUCAAAACUACAAUGAAAAUCAAACGUUUAGAUUUUCUAAAAAUGAACAUGAAUUCUCUACUAGCUCAAGACAGCAUAAUCAACAUAGGGUAAAUGAAAGUAAAAGCCAUGUUGGUUAUAAAAAAUUGGAAGAAUGGGCUAACAGCUCAAAUGCAACUGUUUUAGUUUUUCAAAUGAGCCUGGAUGUAGAUGGCUUAUUCCAUCUCCUACAGCAAAGAAAGUUAAAUUUUGAUUGGAUGCUUCACUUAGUUUCAGCUCUCAGGAAAAUAUUGAUGGCGCAGUCUCAAAAAAGUUCUUUAAAAUAUUUUUUUAGUCGGAUUUGUGAAAGCAACUUUUUAAAUCCUCAUUUAUGCUCAUUUGUCAGAGAGUUAAAAAUGCGCAGGCCUCCAGAUAUUUAUAGUAUUUUUCAGAAGAUGAUUGAUAUAAUUGAAUAUUUUAUCCACAACUUGGACAAAUUCAAUGCCAAAUGCAAUGAGUUUUUGCAGGUUAUUAUGGACAUUGGUCAGCAGCUCAAUCUUUUAACUGAAAAUGAUGGCAAUCUUGGAAAAGUUCAGAAACUUAUUCAAAUCACAACUGUUGGGAGAAUUGAACGUAAUCAAGUGGUUUAUCAUCGUGCAGUUUCACAAAGACAAAAGAGGGAUAAAGCUGUUCCUAUUCCUGAUGAUGAAACACCGCCUGAUGAUUUUACUAACAUAGCAAUAUUCCCAGACACUGAAGAAAUAAAUACAUCGGUUGAGCCUUUCCUCAGAGCCAACAAAACUAAAGGCCCAUACAGGGAUUUACAACACUAUCUUGAUAUACAUGCAAGACUCAUGAAAGAAGAUUAUGUAGCUCCAAUACGGGAAGGCUUAAAGGAAUUCAGAGAUGCUCAAGAGAAUAACAGGAAACCAAAAGAAAAUGAACUGCGGUUUUAUUACGAUGUAAAACUGACUAAAAUAAAUUGUGAAUCAGAAGGUAUCACCCACUUUGUAACUUUCAAUAAUUCUCAGCUCACAAAUGUAGAUUGGGAAUUUUCAAAACGUCUUAUGUUCGGCUCUUUGUUAGUAUUUUCUAAAGACAAUUUUGAAACAUUAAUUUUUGCCACUGUUGCAAACAGAAGUGUUACCAUGCUUGAAAGAGGGAUAAUUCAAGUUGUUUUUCAAAAUCAUCUUGAGGAUGUAUUUACUAGUUCAUCGGAAAAUGAUACAUUCAUCAUGGCAGAAACAACAGCUUACUUUGAAUCUUACAGACAUGUGCUUGAAGGUCUUAAAGAAAUGAUAUCUAUUCCACUUGAAAAGUACAUUAUAUUUUGUAAACAUGAAAUAUCACCUCCUGAUUAUUUAAAUGAGAUAACAGCCUAUAACAUAGAAAGUAUAAUGAAGGAAACUUAUGAUGAGUUCCCUGUAUCUGUUUUAGAUGAUGAUGAUUGGCCGGAGUCUAAUGAAACUAACUUGAAUGAUUCUCAACUUGAGGCUUUGAAACUGGCCCUAACUAAAGAACUUGCAAUUAUUCAAGGACCCCCUGGUACUGGUAAAACAUAUAUUGGGUUAAAAAUUAUGAACAUUUUAUUGCAAAAUGAAACGAGUGUUGGAUGUGAAGGGCCUAUUCUUGUAGUCUGUUACACAAAUCAUGCUCUUGAUCAGUUUAUGGAAGGUAUUUUAGACUUUUGCUCAGAUGGUAUUGUUAGGGUUGGAGGAAGGAGUCAAAGUGAAAAACUAGAGAAAUUUAAUCUUCAAGAGCUGCGCAAGAAUCCUGUUAUUGAUAACAAGAUUAAAAAAAGUAUCAGGGUGAAUUUAGACAGGUGUAAUAAAGAAGUAGGCACUAUAAGCAAGGUAGUGAAUAAGCUCUGGCAGGAAUCAAUACGUCUCGAGACAACCAUUCUGAAAGUAGAUGAUCUUGCUGAUGAAAUCAGUGAUGUCCAUUCAAAUUCAUUAAAUGACCCCAGUCGUACUAAAGGUAUUAACUCUCAAGUAAUGGAAAUCUGGCUGAAAGCUUCAAAUGCUAACAUGGAGAAUCAUUUACUAAAGGUUUCUAAGAGGCAUCUGUGUGGGGUUAUAGCCAAAGGAACUGAACAUCAAUCUGAUACAGUAUGUAAAGACUAUGUAAGGAUUGUUUUUCAGGAUCGAGUUCAAAUUUAUCAUUUUUGGCUAAACAAAUAUAAAGAGAUUUUAGAAAAUAAGGUAAACCUUUUGCUCUCAAAUGAUCCAGAGAAUUUUCAAGAACUUGAUCCACUUCUGCAACUAUCAGAAGAAGCCAACCGAGACAUUCUGCCUGAUGAUGUACUAACACCUUACAUGAGUGAUAAGGUAUAUGAAUUAGUUAAAAAAGCUGUGUCUCAAGAGAAUAAGAAAGUUGAGUGCGAAAAUAAUUAUCUUAGACUAUGGCUUUUGGGCAGUUUUCAAGCCGCAGAUAAGAUUCUUGAUGCCAUUGAGCUACUGACCACAGUUAAAAAAGAUACCAAUCAAGCUGGCAGAAACAAAAAAGCAUUUGUUGAGACUGAGGCUGCUAAACAUGCUAAACGUUGGGUUAUUGAAGACACUGAUGAAAGUGCUUCAGAGAAUGAGACUGAAGAUGACAGUGAAAAUAGUGAUGGUGGUGGUGAAAAGCUCAGGACGGAUCUCAAAGAACUUGAGCAAAGAUAUGAGCAACUCAAGACCAAAGAAAUCAAACUGCUAGAGCGUGCCAAAAUGUUUGGAAUAGAUCUUUCGGAGACGGCAGAUGAAGCAGGGGAGGAUGACUGGCAGACAGUAAACAACAUGUCUUAUGCUAAAGUCUUUCAUUUAUAUAACAGAACUGUAGCUUUUACUGAAGAGGAAGUGUCAGAAAUAACUAAUGUGUGGAAUCUUACACUUGGCGAUCGCUACAAACUUUAUAAGUAUUGGGUUUCAGAGAAAAAGCGCAAACUAACUGACAAUUUAAUAAGUGUGACGAAGGAGUAUAAAGAUAUCUUACAAAGAAAGAAGGAAGUUUCCCAAUUAAAAAAUAUUGAAAUCCUGAAAAAGGCAAAAGUGAUCGGCAUGACAACAACGGGAGCAGCCAAACACCGGGCAGUCUUACAAGACGUCGGGUGUCCAAUCAUAAUUGUUGAGGAGGCUGCAGAGGUACUUGAAGCCCAUAUUGUGACAACACUAAACAAUAGAUGUAAACAUCUCAUCUUAAUUGGUGACCAUCAGCAGUUGCGACCAAGUCCCACUGUCCAUAAACUUGCUGUAGAUUAUGAGUUAGAAAUUUCACUUUUUGAACGCCUUGUAAAGAAUAGAGUGCCCCGUGUUACUCUCACAGAGCAACAUCGAAUGAGACCUGAGAUCUCAAGAUUCAUCAGACACAUUUAUCCACAUUUAGAGGACUAUGAUUCAGUACAUAGCUAUGAAAAUAUUAUUGGAGUAAAAUCAAAUAUUUUCUUUCUACAACAUUCAAUCGAAGAGAGUGUAGUAGAGGACAGUACAAGCAAGUCAAAUGUUCAUGAAGCAAAGUUUGUAACUGCACUGUGUAAAUAUUUUCUGCAGCAAGGAUAUCAAGGUAGACAGAUCACAAUUCUUGCUGCAUACAGUGGCCAGGUAACAUGCAUUAGAAAUCAUAUGGAACCAGAAGAAAAUCUUUAUGAAUUUGUCAGAGUCACGUCUAUAGACAACUACCAAGGAGAAGAGAAUGAUAUAGUUUUAGUUUCUCUAGUAAGAAGCAAUCAAGAAAACGAGGUUGGCUUUUUAAAAACUGACAACAGAGUUUGUGUGGCUUUGUCCAGAGCUAAAAAAGGUAUGUUUGUUAUUGGAAAUUUGCAACUGCUUGCUACAAAGAGUUGGCUUUGGAGAAAUAUUUUAGAAACGGCACAAGACAAGCAUGUAACAGGAGUGUAUAUGAAGUUGGUUUGUGUUAACCAUUCUCAUCAUGAAACUGUUGUUAUCAAUGGUGAAGAUUUUCAGAAAGAAGUUCCAGAAGGUGGUUGUAAUAAAAAAUGUGAGGCUAGACUACACUGUGGGCAUACUUGUACCAGAAUGUGCCACGCAUCAGAUAGGUUUCAUGAAGAAACAAGGUGUGAACAGCCAUGUUCAAAGACCUGCCCAAAAGGACAUAAGUGUCAAAAGCUUUGCUAUGAGCCAUGUGGUAGCUGUGAAGUACGUGUGUUGAAAACCAUGCCUUUUUGUGGCCAUGACGAUAUGGUUCCUUGCUCUAAGGAAGUGGAAGAUGUCGAUUGUUCUCAGAAUUGUGGACAAAAAAUGGCAUGUGGCCACAUCUGCCGUGGUCAGUGUGGAAAAUGUUCAGCUGAUGCACAACAUCAUCCCUGUAUGGAAAAGGUGGAUAAAAAGUGGUCUCCUUGUCAGCAUUCAAUGUCUGUAGAGUGUCACACUGAUAUUACUGUAGAUCCUUGUCCAGAAAAAUGCCCAGAAAAACUUGAAUGUGGCCAUAAAUGUAAAGGUACAUGCGGAGGUUGUCUCUCUGGUAGAGUACACAAGUCUUGUGGUGAGAAAUGCAACAAAAUUCUUCCCUGUGGUCAUCUUUGUACUGGACCUUGUGGUGGCCAGUGUGUGCCCUGUUCUUCAAGAUGUCUGACUGCAUGUAGGCACGGCCCCUGUAGCAAAACAACCUGUGGGGAGAAAUGUGACACAUGCAUUGAAAACUGUGCCAUGAUCUGCCAGCAUCGUCACUGUAAUAUGCGAUGUGUGGAUGAGUGUUUAGAACCUUUGUGUACCAAAAGAUGCAACAAACUUAUUAUUUCAUGUAAACACAAGUGUGUGUCGCUUUGUGGCGAACCGUGUGUUUGUUAUGAUUGUGAAAAAGAUAAAUUUACUCUCAUAGAUUCAAGCAACAAGAAAAAACAUCAACUAGUCAUUGCUCACGAUAAACGUGAGAGAGCUAAAAAAUUUGAAGUUGAUCAAGAUACAAUUUUAAUGAAAAUCCCAAAAUGUGGUCACAUAUUUACCUUAAAACAACUUGACAAAUGGGUUGAAGAUUUUGAGCCAGACACAACUCAUUAUAUUCGCUGUCCUAACUGUACAGUUCCAAUCCAAAUGAUAGCAAGAUAUGAACCAAAAAACAAACAGAGAGCUGAGAGAAGAGAAAACCUAAAAGACAUGGUUAUAACUGAAUCAAGCAUUUCAGAUGAAAAAGUUGAGAAAAUAAUCCUUUCAAAACAAUUUAUUAAUAACUUUUGUUCAGUAGAUGAAGGUGAAUUUCUGACCAGAAAACCAAAGGAAAUAGAUUUUAAUCAUGCUUUAACCUUAACACUUCAGAUAAAAUUUGCUUAUGCACUCCUAAAGAUUUUUGAAAUUCAUCAAAAUUUUAAUGAAAAUGAAUUUAAUAUAAAAAAAUGGAAGCUGAUUAUCAAUUCAAUGCAAAGAAACGUAACUGAUCAGUUUUAUAGAGAGAUGACCUUAGAGCUCCACAGGUUGCUAUUGUUAGAACAGAUCUACAUCUUGAAUGGAUUUCUGGAUGAUAUCAACUGCAAACCACCAGAGGAAUUAAGGAAGCAAGUCCGCAAUGUUUUAAAGGAGAAACCUAAGCUGACAAGUAAUGACAGACAAAUACAUCAGUCCUUAGCAGAUUCACUCUAUCAACUCUUUGAUCAUCUAGAGCCAGAUGAUCAUUGGCUAAAUAAGACCAUGGAACUUAAACAAUACAGUAAACUUGUUACUCAAGUUCUUGAUAUACCAAUGUCUGAGGAUCUGUGUGAUUUUCUGCACUGAAAGUACUGAAAGUUUACAUAAGAACAGGUACUGGAAAACGUUCUAUACGGAGAUGAAAUUGAGAAAGCACAUUGACAUUUAAAAUGUAAUACAGACAAAUCCAUUAGAUAAAGAAAUGUUGAAUGUAAAAGGGAAUCAUGAAAUUGUAGUUUUAAAAAGUUAAUUUCAAUAUUACUGUUACAGUACAACUCUAUUAAAAUAGCGAUUUCCUAACAAUUUUUAUGCAAAAUGGAAACUUUUCUUACAUUUAGUGUUAGUUUUUUUGUUUUUAAUAAACAGUGUUGUUUUUUUUUAGCAUUAUUCUCAGUACAACACUUUCCUCCUGCUAAGUAUUAUAAAUUGAUCAAUUAAAAUUAAAACAUAGUUUUUUAUUUUGCCAAAGUUUUAUUUAAUGACUUUUUCUGUAAUUUAAGCAGAUGAUGUAGUUUAUUAUGUUUUCAUUUGCAUUGUAAGUAUUUUAAAAAUGUAUUAAUUUUACAAAAUUUUUAGAAAGAUGGAUGAAUUUAAUUUUAAAACCAUUUCUAGAUAUAUGAGGUGUUAUUUUUUAAAAUGUUGCAUGCUUAUUUUCUGUUAAUUUUAUGUUAUGAAGCGGAAACUAUUCGCCAUAACUCGACACUUAAGCAUAUCUUUUUUUUUUGCAAUUUGAUAAAAAAAUUUUUUAAACCAGUACUAAAACUGAGACAUUUUAAAGUCUUAUAAUUUCUAUAAAAAGAAUAAUCAAUAUUUGUUUAUAUCCCAUUGAUUUACAUUUAAUAUUUUAUUGUUUAUAAAAAUAAUUUAUAUGAUCUGUAUGUUUCUAUAGCUAUCUAACUUCAUUUUAAGACUUAAAAUAAAAAUGAAUAGAUCAUACCUUUCAAAAUAAAUAUGCAGCAAUGACAAACUAACAUGACAAUGUGCAGCUUAAGAGUACAUUUUCAAUUGAUACGCAACUUAUAUUUUUAAAAUAAUUUUUAGUUUUAAAAUAAUUUUUAGUAUUUGUAGCAAUCAUUAAGAUUUGGUUUAAGCUAUAUAUAUAUAUAUACAUACACACAUACACUUUUGUAUAAUGAUUUUUAAAAUCCUAAUUCCUUUUUUUUAAAGAAAAUGUAUGUUUUAUACAUUAUAUGUUUAUAUACAUUUUGCAGUCAGGACUGCAGAGUCUGUCAAAUAUUCACAGACAACCUUGACCAAUUGUAAGAGCAACUCUGAUCAUGACUCAUGUACAUUUUUGGACUUGUGCUUACAAAUUUUUGAAUACCCAUAGCAGUCUGUGCCAAUAGUGCCAGCAUAUUUGUCAAAGUGUUUAAUCGCCUUUCAUUGUUCAAUUUUUAAAAUGCAUGGAAUUCGGGUUGAGUAGAAGUGCUCAAAGCUUGUUUUUUAAGAAAAUAAAAUAUUGAUUUUA